UUCACAGAGGUGAAAGGAUUCACUGACCAACAGAAGGAGGAGUACUUCAGAAAGAAAUUCAAAGAUCAGAGUGUGUCCUCCAGAAUCAUCUCACACAUUAAGACGUCUUGUAGUCUCUACAUCAUGUGCCACAUUCCUGUGUUCUGCUGGAUCACAGCCACAGUACUUCAGGAUAUUCUCACUGAGAACAAUGAAGAGAACAUCAGCACAACACUCACUGAAAUGUACAUUCACUUCCUGAGGAUACAGAUGAACAUGAAGAGUCAGAAAUAUGGCAAACAACAAGGAGAAUGUUCAGAGCACUUACUUUUAAAUAGAAAGAUGAUUCUGAAGUUAGCCAAGCUAGCGUUUGAACAGCUGAAGCAGGAAAACAUUGUGUUCUAUGAGAAAGAUCUGAAAGCAUGUGGUAUUGAUGUGAGUAAAGAUGCUGAGUUCACAGGAAUGAUCGCUGAGAUCUUUAAGAGGGAAGUUGGACUUUAUAAGACAAAGGUCUUCUGCUUUGUGCAUCUGGGUGUUCAAGAGUUCCUUGCUGCAGUGCAUGUGUUCAUCUGUUACCUGAAAAAAAACAAGCAAGGGCUUACGUUUUUCUUUGAGGAUUCACAAACUACAGUCAUACAAAAUCUUACAUUUCCUUUUAGAAAGGUCAAAUUGCAUGACUUAACAGAGAGAGCAAUUGAAAAAGCAAUGCAGAGUAAGAGAGGGCAUCUGGACCUGUUCCUGCGGUUUCUGAUGGGAAUUUCAGUGGAAUCCAGUCAAAAUCUGCUCAAAGGCCUGAUCACACACACCAAAGACACCACAGAGAGCAUCAGAAAUCUAAGUGCACACAUUAAAGAAUUACAACAACAGGACAUCUCAGAUGAAGCUUCAGUCAACCUGUUCUACUGCUUACUUGAGCUCAAAGAUCAUUCAUUAUAUGAGGAGAUCCAGAGUUACCUCAGUUCAGAUGAACAUCCAGGAAGAGAUCUCUCAUCUUCAAUGUGUACAGUGCUGACCCACAUACUACUGAUGUCAGAGAAGGUGCUGGAUGAGUUCAACCCAAAGAGGUUCACAUCAAAACUAGCAGACUACAGGAGACUCAUUCCAGCUGUGAGAUGCUGCAGAAAAGCUCUAUUUGACAACUGUGGUUUUGAUGAAACAUGCUGUGAAACAGUGUCUUUUGCUUUACGAUCAUCAAACCAUCUGACAGAACUGAACCUGAGUAAUAAUCAACUGAAAGAUUCAGGAGUGAAGUUGCUUUCUGAUGGACUGAAGAAUUCACACUGUCGACCGAACAUACUGAGGCUGUGUGGGUGUCAUCUCACUGCUCAGUCCUGUGAAAGUUUAUCUUCAACUCUACAAUCAUCAAACCAUCUUACAGAGCUGAACCUCAGUGACAACCACCUGCAGGAUUCAGGAGUGAAGCUGCUUUCUGAUGGACUGAAGAAUUCACUCUGUCGACUGAACAUACUGAGGCUGUGUGGGUGUCAUCUCACUGCUCUGUCCUGUGAAAGUUUAUCUUCAAUUUUACAAUCAUCAAACUCUGUCCUGAGAGAGAUGGACCUGAGUAACAAUGACCUGCAGGAUUCAGGAGUGCUGGUUCUUUUGGAUGGAAUGAAGAGUCCAAACUCUAAGCUGGAGAUACUGAGAUUUUCCACAUGUAAUCUCACUGCACAGUCUUGUGGGAGUUUGUCAUCAGUUUUACAAUCCUCAAACUCUGUCCUGAAAGAACUGGACCUGAGCAACAAUGAUCUGCAGGAUUCUGGAGUGAAGCUUCUUUCUGAUGGACUCAAUAGUCCAAUGUCUAAGCUGGAGAUACUAAGAUUUUCCACAUGUAAUCUCACUGCACAGUCUUGUGGGAGUUUGUCUUCAGUUUUACAAUCCUCAAACUCUGUCCUGAGAGAACUGGAUCUGAGCAACAAUGAUCUGCAGGAUUCAGGAGUGAAGCUUCUCUCUGAUGGACUGAAGAGUCAAAUCUCUAAACUGGAGAUACUAAGGUUGUCUGGCUGUAUGGUGACAGAGGAAGGCUGUCGUUAUGUGUCUUCAGCUCUGAAUUCAAACCCCUCACACCUGAGAGAGCUGGAUCUGAGCUACAAUCACCCAGGAGAUUCAGGAGUCAAACUGCUCUCUGAAAAACUGGAAGAUCCAAACUGCUCUCUGAAAAAACUCAAAGUUGAUCAUGGAGGAGAAUCCAGGAUUACAGCAGGACUCAAGAAAUAUGAGUGUUUUUCACACUGGAUCCAAACACAGCAAACUCCUCGCUCUCAUUCUCUGUCUGGAGAAGAACAGAAAGAUAGAUUUGAAGCGAUCAAGGUGUUAUGUAGAGAGAGUGUGGGACGCUGUUACUGGGAGACUGAGUGGAGCAGAGAUGUGGCUAUAUCAGUGUCAUAUAAGAACAUCAGCAGGAAAGAGGGACUGGGUAAAAGAGAUCCCAUCAUCAGCAGAAAAAGAAGAACAGGAGAGUAUGAAGAUAUCUACAGAGUAGGAGUGUAUGUGGAUGAGAGCGCAGAACCUUUGUCCUUCUUUAGCAGCCUCUGA